AUGAACAGUUCAGAACUGAAUAAACGCAAAGAUUUUUUAGAGGAGGCCAUCUUCAAAAACUUCACUGUGGUUUUAUUUGGUGUCGUUAUCAAUUUUAUCAAUAGCUUGCUGCUGUAUACAUGCUUCAAGAAUCCUGUCUUCACCCAGGAGCCGCGCUAUAUCCUCUACAUGCAACUGAUCAUAAAUGACAUUAUUACGCUGUCUGUGUGUGUCGUUUUGUUCAUUUUUAGCUACACAAUAACCAUGGGAUUGAAUGUUGCUUUCUGCUGCAUCCUUAUCCUCAUUGCCAGCACCGUCUACAAGAACACACCACUUAACCUGGCCGGCAUGGCUAUUGAACGCUUUGUGGCCAUCUGCUACCCUCUGCAUCACGCACGAAUAUGCACCGUCAAACACACCAAACUCCUGAUCGGCAUCAUCUGGCUGUUGGGAGCACUUCCUGUCAUGGUGGACCUGUUUGUGGUCUUGGCUCUCAGUCCUUCCACGUUCUUCACUUCUAGCCGUAUGUGCUACACCCAAAAUGUGUUCAGUUUUGAGUACAACAUUGUAAGCAACGCUGCCUUUAACAUCGGCUACAUGUGCUCAGUCUGGGUGCUGCUCUUUUACACUUACUUCAAAGUGCUUUUCUCUGCUAAAGCAGCUGCUUCAGAACCAGCGCAGGCAAAAAAGGUCAGGAGAACCAUCUUGCUGCAUGGUGUACAGUUACUGCUCUGUACACUGUCCUUAAUCACACCGGUCAUAGACCAGGCCUUAACGGUUCUCUUUCCCUACUACCGGUCUGUAAUCUAUUUCUGUACCUUUAUUCUCACAAGUAUUCUACCUCGCCUGCUGAGUCCACUCAUAUAUGGUCUGAGGGAUCAGAAGUUUAAGAAAUACAUGAAGAAUUCUAUGAUGUGUGGCUCUGUGAAGAGAGCAGUUGACCUAAAUGAUUAA